AUGGAAGGUGGACUCGAUGUGGAGGAUGGAGAUGUCUCUCAGUCUGCUAACGCAUGCAGCUUACACUUCCGUCUCGUUCUUGACAAAUUGAGGAUGAUUGCGUGGGACUACCUCGAGGCACCCUGGUGGUUGGUGAGUGUUCGAAGUGGUGGAGUGAUCAAAUUAACCAAACUUGAGUCCGUUCUUUGUGAUCGCGGGAACCACGGGAGUGUGGGUAGAGCAGAUGUGAAGAUCCAAUGGACAGCGCGCCACCGCGCAAACAAAAGUGAUGAGCCUACAACGUUGGAUCACAAUGUCAUGUCGGUGAUCGAGCUCACGUGA